GUACCCUAAAACAAACCAACGGCGACGCCGACGCCGUUUUCCCAAUCAACUCGCUUCCACCUCUGCUUGUAUAGCAACAUAAAUAAAUACUAAAUAAAUACCACUUUUAUCUGAAGAUUUUUAAAAUACAAUUUUUGGAAAAUGGCUAGUUCGUCGAGAGAUACUAAUAAGGUUUGCUGUUACGCACAUCCUGACGCACCUCUAAUUGAGGAUUAUAGAGCUGGAGACAUGAUUUGUUCUGAGUGCGGUCUUGUUGUUGGGGAUCGUGUUAUUGACGUCGGUUCUGAAUGGCGAACAUUUAGCAAUGAAAAAAGUGGUGUUGAUCCUAGUCGUGUUGGUGGUCCUGAAAAUCCGCUAUUAAGUGGAGGGGAUCUUUCGACAAUAAUUGGUCCAGGAACAGGAGCUGCAUCAUUUGAUGCUUUUGGCUCGCCGAAGUAUCAAAAUAGACGUACGAUGAGCAGUUCGGACAGGUCAUUAAUAUUGGCAUUUAAAGAGAUCUCUAUGAUGGCCGAUAGAAUAAACUUGCCAAAAACUAUUGUUGACAGAGCAAAUAACUUAUUUAAGCAGGUACAUGAUGGAAAAAAUCUCAAGGGACGUUCAAAUGACGCAAAAGCAUCAGCUUGUCUUUAUAUUGCUUGCCGUCAGGAAGGAGUUCCUCGUACAUUCAAGGAAAUUUGCGCAGUUAGUAAAAUAAGCAAAAAAGAAAUAGGAAGGUGUUUCAAACUGACUCUUAAAGCUUUAGAAACCAGCGUGGAUCUAAUAACAACAGCAGACUUUAUGUCAAGAUUUUGUGCCAAUCUUGACUUGCCAAAUAUGGUUCAACGUGCUGCCACGCACAUAGCAAAGAAAGCCGUUGAAAUGGAUAUCGUGCCAGGACGAUCUCCAAUAUCCGUCGCUGCUGCUGCUAUAUAUAUGGCGUCCCAGGCUUCUGAGCACAAGAGGAGUCAAAAAGAGAUUGGAGAUAUAGCUGGAGUAGCCGAUGUUACAAUACGACAAUCAUAUAAAUUGAUGUACCCGGAAGCAGCAAAACUGUUUCCAGAGGACUUUAAAUUUACUACACCAAUUGAGCAGCUACCUCAAAUGUGAAGUUAAAUUAAUAUUAAUAAACAAAGCACUGAAGCAAAAUAUAAUAAAAAUUCAAAUAAAUUAUAUAUAACAUAAA